UUCCUGGGAACCUGCUGCAUUAUUGGAGUCCAUGACAUCACUUCCCCCUUUGUUGACACACUCGUCACUUGAAUGACAGUAGACUUCAAACAGUGUAAGAAUUAUGCCCCACUAGUGCAACUGAUAAUACAUUAUGCUCUGAUAAUGCAUAGGAACUUGAAAGUGUUCUAUGAAAGUUGCAUGCUCUUUUUAAAUUUUUAACCUGUUAAAAUAUUGAUGCUUUUUUUUUUUAAGGAAGAAAUGAUAAAAACACAAAAGCAGAGAAUAUGAACAACUGCGCACAACUGAUUACCCCACAUUCUCCAUCCUACCAAACUCAUUGCUAUAUAAAUCAAGACAAACGCAACAUCUUCAAAACCCCCAAUUCAGCAUCCUAUAAGGGAUAGCUGGAAAAUGCAACCUGCCUCUUUCUGAGCUCAGGAGUGAAGAAUAUGAGACUCAUUUACACCUGUGGAAAAACUGUUGCCUCUAGCUAUGGAAACUAGUUUCUGCCAUAGGAGGUUCCCCCUGGUCUCCUGCUUCCAUUUGCUGCACUUCUGGCUCCUCCUCUUCCUAGCCUCAGCAGUUCCGUUGCACAGCGCCUGGUCUCUUCGGACCCGUGGUCUUCUGGCAGCCCGGCCAUUGUGCAGCCACCGGAACCCCACAGCAUCCAGAUCUUUCUGCAUCUGGGAUAAGAACCUGCCCACGGAGAAAACAGGAUUUCACUCUACCUCACUGCGGCUGCGCCCUCUGGUUUCCAAAGGGGCUGGCCAACGCCAUGCCAUACGGCUGAGGCGUCAAGCCCAAGGGAUUCGGCCUGCUACCCCAUCUGGCUUUGAGGAUGGUCCCUCCUCAUCUCAGUACCCCUGGGCCAUUGUUUGGGGCCCCACAGUCUCAGUUGAUGAGGGAGGGGAUGCCAGCUCUGCCAACCCAGGCUUUCCACUUCUGGAUUACGCCUUUGUUUCAUCCAACGGAAUGGCAACAGCACAACCCAAUUCCCACUCACUGUUACACAAUGAAGGGCUCAACCUGCGUCAGACCCCAGCCACUCUACCACCCUUCCUCUUUGGACCUCGGGGAGAAGGUGUGGACCCCCAACUUUACGUCACCAUUACAAUUUCUGUCAUUAUUAUCCUUGUUGCCAUGGGAAUAAUACUCAAAUUCUGUUGGGACCGGAAUCAAAAGCGCCGUCACCAUUCUAGUCAGCAAAGCGAAUUGCAGCAGCAGGAGAGCCAGCAGCCUUUAACAGACCUGUCACCUGCCACUGUCAGCAUCCUGGGGCCCUACAGCGAUUCACAGGUUCCGACGCCAGAGAUGGUGGAAAGUGGACAAGUACUGGAAGGCUUGGAGAAGCUGGAGGGUCUAGGGAAGUCCAGUGCCUUCCAGCUCAACAGGAUUCCACUGGUGAACUUGUGACUGAAUGCACUAGAAAGAAUAAGGCUUGAUGUCCUUGUAAUGAGCUCAGAUGCUGAAUCUUCGAGGGAGUCCCACAGAAGCGGCAGCCCUUUCUUUAGUCCCAUCCUCCUGCAAUGCCACUUCUGGUACAACAGAAGAGCUAUUGUGGAUCCCUUUGUGUCACGUCCUUCCAUCAUCACUGCGGACCCGACGGAAACAAGGAUGAGCUCAGGUGCAACCUGCCAGGCUGGGCUUUCAAAAGCCCCAUGGUGCACGGUGGUUAGGGCAGUGUCGUGCCAACAAAGCCCGGGGGAGGAACAAGUGGAUGAAAGCUACUAGUAUCAUAAAAAUUUUAACAUGUCUCCCUUGUAUCUUGACACAAACAGUUGCAUACAGAUAUUUAUUAGUAAGCAUGCUUGAUACCAAGAGGCAGGAUGCUGUGUGUCUUCCCUUCCUUCCCAACUUUUGUUCUCUUCCCCUUCGUGUGAUCUGAUGGGUCUUCCAAAAGGGCAGUUCUUAAUAUCAUUUGGGGUGGGGUGGGGUGGGGUGAUGAUGCAGAUCUUAUUGGGUUAUGGGAAUCAACAUACUAUAUAGGAAACGAAAGUACGAUGAAGGGGAACUAGAUACAAAGAGUCAGUAACAAACAUAUACCACACUCAAUUUCCUAUGGUGGUUUUCAGAUUAACCUUUUCUCUAGAAUUGCCAUCCCUUGUUCAUCUGUUUUAAAUUGUGUUCAAGUAUCGUACUGAACCUAGGACCUGGUUAAUCCAAAUGUGCCACUUACAGGCCACCCACUUUCCUCUGAAAACCACUGCUUGUUUAUAGUUAGCUGAUACAGAACAAAAACCUCUGCCCAGAGAUAAUCGGAGAACAUGGCCGUAAACAAACAAGCCAAUGGCUAUUUCAGUGAAACAAUUGCAAAGACUAUGCUGUCUAGUGAUGACAGGCUAACCAUAACUGAAGCUUUGAUAGGGUCUUGUGCCUCCCAUCAAAUGUUUCCUGGCUGCAGGUGCGGUAUGCUUGAUUGCUUCAUAAUGAGAAUGAAUGGGAGAUAAGUGAAAAGCUAUUAAUGGCCCUCUGAAUAGCUUCUCUUCAACCCAAUGCAGCCUUUGUUUUGACAGCAGAACAAAAAUGCAUCGGAGGGGUUUGUUAGUUGCUUUUUUUUUUUUUUUGUCUUAAAAAAAUAUUGUGGAAUUAUAUCCCUUCCCUCUGUGGCAGAAAACUAGCUAUUGAGGAAUUAAAAGAGGAAAUUGUUUGUUUAUAUUGCUAGGAACUUUCACUAAACAGAACCUUUUUGUGCAUAAACAUAAUAAGAUUUUCUUGAUAGCAGCAAGUGUUGUUCCUUUUGUAUAUGUAAAAUCUCUGAUUAAUUAAAUUUACUGCCAACUGCAGAAAGGUAAUUCCUUAGUACCACUAAUGCACUGUAGUAUGUAAGCAACCCAUACCAUCUGUCUGUCCUUGAAUUUUUAAGCACAUUACUUGCUAUAGCUAUGGUGCCAAGAAGGUACAUUUCUUUUAUGUCCCCCUUCAUUUGCCCUUCUGUAGCAUUUCAUUCUAGUUCUGAGUUCCCCACUAUAAUUAUUGGAUGAGGCUUACCUGUCCUGAUGCCCCCAGUGAAAACUUUGGUUUGCAAUAAGUGUGGCCUCCGAAAGCAUUGUAAAGACAGUGCCAAAAGCAUUUCUUCUAGGAAGGGGUUCCAAAAUUGAGCUAUCACUGUUGACUGUGCUAGGUGGUGUAUAUAGUGUGUGUUGUGCCCUUCCAAGUAGGGAAGUAGUAGAGAUAGAGUUUCAGGUAGAGAUUUGAAGAUGGGCAAGCCAAAGAUUAUAAACCACACGUAGCCACUGGAGCCCCUUAAAUUUGCAUUGCUAAACAUUUCAGUCCUAACCUUAGGCUCAUCAUUAAGCCUUCUGGGGCCUGCUUUUGUUUUAAAGCACAGAGCAGCUACCUGAGCAGUCUGACCCUUCUUAGGAUAAAAAGCUACUUCCUUGCAAUGCCAACAUCAUUAUCCCUGGGUGUUUCAUAAUUUCUGCAGUGGAUUCUCUAGCUUAGAACAAAUAGCAAAGGUAUAUGUUUAUAGUUUUUGUACAGUAUCUGCAGAACUGUGUUGUAUAAGUGGGACAAAACCAAAAUCUGCUUUUUUGAAAUACGGGCAUCUGUUCCAAAGCCCCAAGGAAGCACUUAUGUGUUCUUUUUAUUACUUCAGUUUCUGACAAGCACAACUUCUUUAUCAAAGGCUCCUCCAGUAAUUAUAUCUGAGCUUCCAACGUAAAGCCGUUUUUCUGUGAUAAAUCCACAAGGGGCAGAUUCCUUUAUACCCAUCUUCCCAGAUACUAGAUUGCAUAGUUAUGAGGUACUCUGUACAAACAUUUGUAAUGUUUAUAUCUUGCUCUUUCCCAAGGAAGCUCAUUGAAUGAGUAGGUGCCACCCUGUCAAUUUUAGCCUCACAGCUCUUCUGUGAGGUGAGAAAGAGAAGAGUGGCCCACACUUAUCUGAAUGGAAUCAGAGAUUUGAAGCCAGCCUGAAUGGAGAUCUAGCCAGGUAUUUGGAGUUUAACCGGUCCUCUUAAGUUCUGGGGAAAAAUGCAUAGAUAACAUUUCAUAUCUCAAGUCACUUCUAUCCUAUGAAUACUCACACAGAACUAAAUUGCACUGUUGCAUUUAGAAUUCUACUCUCAGAAUCACCAAGUAAUCAAAGGAGUAUAGGGAUCCUGUACUAUUGAAAAUGCGGGAUGGGAAGGUGGGAGGGGGGCUGUUGUCAUUUUAUUUUAAUUAAGGAAGAAAUGAAGGAAACUUGCCAUUGUUAUUUGUAUUUGAUCCCUCUCCUUUCUUUGUAGUAUACUUAAUAUCAUUUAAAAUGUUUGCAUUCUUUCAUCUGCUUAAGGAUAUAUGACACACAGAAAAUUAUUUUAAAGUGCCAUUUAUUUCAGUAUGGAGUUACAACUAUUUUUAAAUUAAGAAUUAAUUGUCAUAAUAAUGCCAGCAUAAAUUUCUUAUUCAAGUGAAAUAACUUUAUAGUUUAUUUUUAUGUAGUAAUAUGAAGUUAGUAAUCCCUUCUGCUUGUUUGGGGCAAAGGGAUCGUCACCUAGUUACUUAAGAACUAUAAAGCUCUAUAUUUUAUUAAUUGUAUCAAUAGCACAGAGUUAGAACUUGACUACCAAGAUUCCUAGUGGAAACUACAGACUACCCAGGCAUGCUUAUUAACCAAAAAAUAACCCUAACCCCCCACCAUAACUGUACCCUGUUUGCCUGAAUUUGAUACGCCAAAAUCAAUCAGCUGAACUCUUUUCAGCUUGCUUAAAACUGUCCUAUUUUAAUGUGUGUACACAAAGCUGCUUUUAUUUUGGCAAUGCUUAAGACCUAAUCCCUCCACCGCCAUCAAAAUGAUAGAGAAGUUGGAAUGGAUGGUGCUGUAGCAUGUGAAGUAAAGCAAGAAAAAGGCAUGCAGAAAUAUUACUAAGAUUGUCCAUCACUGGAAAAAAAGGAAUAAUGGUGCCGAUCUAAACCUUGGGAGGGAAGAUGAAAAACUGGUUAGGUGCUUAACUACUUAGAUGUUUACCUUUUCUACGUCUGUUAUUCUCCUCCCUUGAUAUGUGUUUGCAGAAGAUGAGGAUUCUUCCUCAACAAAAUUGUGUUCUCUAACCUUUAAAAAUAUUAAUCCUCAUGCUGUUAAAACAGAGUGAUAUCAGCAAGUCUGACUAAAGAUGUUUUAGCAAAUGAAAUGGAAAAUGCAAAAAUCUUUAGCCCAGGAUUCAGUUCUUGGGUAAUCCACCAGAGACUUUUCUUCUACACGCCUCAUUGUAAUUAAGGGCAUUUCUGUGCUUACUAUCUGAGCUGUUCAUGUCCUAUGGUCAUGCCUGCUUGACUCUAAGCCAGCUUUAAAAAGCCUGGCCAAUAUAUAACUAUAUACUGUAUUUGUUUCUAAGGGCUUUUUGACUCGUUUUUACCAGUACUACAGUUGAUAUAUUUUGUUUGAACGUAACUGGUUCAAAAUCCAAUGUGUUUUACAAUUAUAUAUUUUUUCUUUUCAAAAUUCCUUUUUCGCUCUUUGCUUUAUUUUCUUGGGUGAUAAUUGGAAUUCCACUGAUUCUCCAGUCACCUGAGAUAGAAGAAUUUUAUCCCCAGCUUCCGAGCAGCUCAUAGCUUAAAAUAGCUCAAGUGUUACUUUUAAGACAUUAAACAAUCCAUGUUAGCAUUCAGUGGAUUAUUUAUAUGGGGGGGAAAGAGACUGAGCAGCUACAAAGAUCCUAGCCAAGUUGUUCUAAAAUAAUUUCUCCCAGCAGGAAUAGGAGGAGGUAACACUGGAAACUGUCGGGUAGGCAAAGCAGAGAUGCCACCAAAAGAAGCAGGCAGGGUAAGGCAAAACUGAAAAUUGAAGUGGGUGAGAUUGAGGAGAAGCCGUGUUGGGGGCAGCAGCCAGCAUUUGUACAUUCCUGGUUUGGAUUCACACUUCAUUUUGGCACAUGUCAAAGCUAUGCACAAACCCUGGAUCUGCUGCUCCAAGGUUUUCCAGGGGAAAUGGGUGGUUGAAGCCCUGGUUGGGCGGUCUCAUCUUCUCUUCAUUAUGGUUCCUCCUGCCCUUGCCUUGACACAGCUAAACCAGAGGAACAGAAAGAGACUUCUCCUUCCAUAGUUUGUACUUGGAAUGGACGGGUAAAGAGAUUUUCCCACCUAAUAGGAGGGAAAAGAAGCCAACAAUGAUGACUAUGAUGGGUUAUGAGUGAGGUCUAAUGGCUCUGGUCAUGAGAGAAUGACUCUGUCAUAAGCAUGCAUAUUGUCAGGGGUGGGCUGCUGGGGGUUCGCAGUGGUUCAGGAGAACCUCUAGCUAAGAUUCUGUGCAGUUCAGAGAACCCCCAAAUCCCACUCCUAGCUGGCCCUGACCACCCUGCCCUGCCCCACCAAAGAGUCCCCACGCGGCCCGUUUUGGAUGCAGGUAAAUGCAGGGCGCACGCAGAGGCUUGGGGGAGGAUGAAAAACGGGCCUACCGGAAGAUUGUUUCUGGCCUCCAGAGGGCCUCCGGAGCCUGGGGAGGCCAUUUUUGCCCUCCUAGAGGCUCAAGGAAAGCCUCCAGAGCCUGGGGAAGGCAAACCCCCCCCCACUGCCAUGGUGCAAGAGGCCGACUAGGCCACACCCAUCAUGGCCAUGCCCACCCAGCACCUGGGCAGAAAACCCCUUGCUAAAAUUUUUGAAGCCCACCCCUGCAUAUUGUAGGCAGUUCUUCCUCCGUGAUGGUAUGUACAGCUCCAUAAAAAGCUUCUUUAACUUUGCCACAUUGGAGCCUUUAGAGCCUUCUGUGUCAUUAUUUAUUUUUGUUGGCCUCUGCAUCAGUGAUAGUAGAUUAAAUGCUGGUAAUUGUAAGUGCGUAACUACACAGAGCUUCCCAAUGGGGGUGGUUACACUGCACAAUGAAUGUACUUUCUAUCCCUGCUCCAUGUAAUCAGAUUUCUUUGUCGGGUGCUAAUUCUCUCAUUAGCCAUUUGCAGGCAAAUACCAACUGGGACCCAAACAACCCAUGAAACCAAAACCACCUGGAUUUUUAUUUUCCAAGAAAAAGUUAUGACACUGUAAUAUUUUUCCUGCCUAUUUGUUUUCAUGCCAAUAAUUGUUUUCUUUAAUAAUUUAAUUUAUCCCAAUAAGUAUAAACUAUUUAGUAACUUAUCUCCUUCUUUUAAAAUACAACACAUGAGCUCUUCUUCCCAUAACCCAUCUCUCAUCUAUAAACAAAUCCAUAAAAUGUUGUAAUUUCACUCCUGAUGUCAGAAAAAGUCCGUUAAGUAUUGCCAGAAAUUUUAAAAAAAAUCUAUUUUAACCUCGAUCAAAUGAACUGAUUUAUAUUCCUUUAUCUCACCUCCAGCAAUCUUCAUCUUUAGUCCUUCAAAUAAUGACCUAGAACUUGAUUCCUUUUCAUUUUUUCUUUGUCCCUUCUCACAAAAUUCUUCAAAGCUUUAACAAACCUCUUUUCUAAAUCCAGUAUAGGAAAAUGAUCCAGUUCACCCUUUUGAUUUGUUAUUUAUGUAUCUCUUUUAGUUAUUAAGGCAUUAACUGGUUUCUUUAGUAUGUCCAGUGUAACAUCUUUUUCAGGGGUGAAAUGCUACUGGUUUGCUCCGGUUCAGGCAAACUGGUAGCAGCAGCGGCGCAUGGUUUGGUGAACCGGUAGCGGCAGCGGCGUGAGGCUCCGCCCACCUACCCGGACAUUGUUACUUCCUGGUUUUAACCAGGAAAUAAUCUGUUUUUUACCCUCUACACAUGCGCAAAAGGCUUUGUGCAUGUGCAGAAGGUCUAAAAUCAGACGUGAAGGUGGCGCGCACACUUCCGAACCGGUAGGGAAGCUAAGUAGAUUUCACCUCUGAUCUUUUUCCAUGUCAUUCUUAUAACCUGUCAUUUUUUAAUCCACUUUGAAAUCAGUCUCAAUCAUGCCAAGUAAUGCUUGUUCCUGUUCUGUAUCAUCUUCUAAACACUAUCUACAGAGACAAAACUUCUUAAAAUUAACUACUGUGUCCAUAGUUCAAAAAUAUCCUUCAGUAGGUUCAGAGUUAAAAUGCUUCACUUCAUUUGCAUUAGUAAAUUGAGUUUGGGGGUUCAUUUUCAAUUGUAAACCUUACUUCUUUCUUGUUCCCUCUAGUGCCCAAUUUUUAAAGUCUAUCCAAUUUUUUUAAAGAAUUCAAAUAAAAACACUUUCCCAGAGGAAAUAUUCUUUAUAUUUCAUUCCAAAACCUUAUUUUAAAUUUAUCCCUCAGACUGUUUGUAACUUUCAAAAACCAAAGUUUUAAUCACCUUUUUCUUUUCAUUCCAUUAAAAAAGGUCCUUAAACUGUAUUUAAAAUUUAUUCUGCUAAGUAUUGAAGGAAACUCAGCCUGAGCUAUAAAACAUGUGGAUCGAAAGAUCCUAACAGCUGAAAACCAAUUAAGAAGCAAUGCCUGAAAGUGAUUAGAAAAGGAAGUAUACAAACUUAGUGUUUCAAAGGCAUUGACUGUGGUUUGAGCAAAAUGGCUAGUUCCUCAUCCCUCAGAAUGCUAAACCCACUAGCACCAGUGUCUUGCAGUCUCCUUGUAGAGGGCAACUGACUGGAGCACUUAUUAGUGAUCUCAGUUCCUCUCCUUAUCCAUAGAGGAAUUAUGAAGAGCUGAUUUACUCGCCAGCUCAUUCUUCCACUGUGGCCAUCAACUCUGCUUUUUGCAGGGCUAUCUUCAGUUCACCAUUUUUUCCCUUGGAAAUCUCCAAUAAUUGUUUUUUAUUUAUAUAUGCACUAGGUCUAAAUCUGCACCUGAACAAUGAGUCAGUUGAACCGAGAGAAGAAGCUAAAGAUCCCAUGGAUCCCAGAUACUCGUUUAUGGAUUUCUAUGCUGCCCUUCCCUAUAAAUAUUUUCACAAAUGAUAAAACAAUAAAGUUUUGUUUCACUCUGACUCUGUCCCAAUUGCAUCCUCUUAUAUCUCCCUCGUGGUAAAUAAUCAAUCAUUCCAACAAUGACAAACUGUCCAUUGUUGGGGAAGAGAUUGAUUGCAGGUUCUUCCUCGUAUCAUCUUAAAGGGCUAUCCUUGGGCCAACAGAAAAUUAUAAUGGCAUAACAUUUGCUGCCCUACUGGUGAUCCCUAUCUUCCCAGAAGCACAAUGCCAGCCUUUAGAUCUACAAAUGAAACUGUCCUUUUUUACAAUGUACAGAGCUAGUUAAGGACAAUGACUGGAGAAUUCCUCUAGUUUAUUUCUCUCCUCUUCCACCAAAGGUUGUUACCUGGCAAGAAAACAUCUGUCAUCCACUCUCUUUAACAUUGGGGCUGGAAGUAAAUUUCAAGGAAAUGAAUUUUAACAGAUAUUUGGACCAGUGAAUUUAGACAUCUAUCAAAACUCUCUUGGGUUCUGUGGGUGUAUUAAAAAGCUUCCUGAUAUCAGCUGAUGCACAGUUCAGUGUCAUUCCAGAAGAGCACUAAACCCAGGUUCAAAAGCAGCCAGAACAAUAGCUGAGAGUCAUGGGGAGAAUUGUGCAAUGAAGCAGCAGGGAGCUGAUUUCCUCUGUCCCACUUCACCAUGCAGCAGCCCCAUCACUACUCCUAGAUGGUUGCUGUUCGGUGUUCUAUGACAUAAAGGCCGUAUAAAAUAGUGUUCAAGGACCAGAGGGGAACAUGUCCCCACGCUAGCCAAUAAAAGUUGAAAAGGGGGUUGCAGAGCAUAUUUAUGCUGUAACUAAUGUCAAAUGAGGAAAGGCUUAAAGAUAUGCAGGUAAAUAUUUCAGGGAAGGGGAGAAAGCAAUAUGACAACAGAGGAAGCGUAGUAGAAUGUGGUGAAAACUGCUGUUCAUCUGCUUUCCUCCUAGUUUUCUUUUAUUUAAAUUCCUUCAUUCCCGUCUCUUGCCCUUUAUCUCAGUUGUGACAAAUGUCUUGUGUUGCUAUCAUUUCCAUCUAGGAAACUGAUGUGAACAUCUAAAAUAAAAGUGGGCAGGCAAGCAUGGGGUACCAGCAUGAGAUUCAGCAUGGGUUCCAGUCAGGAAUGAGUUCUGCCAUCAGCAUUAAGAAGUUUUAAUUAUUUUUUAAUGGCACAAUUUUCUCUCAAGCGUGGCACUAGAAAUACAGCAUCACAGUAUAAUUGUGAAUUUUUGUUUUCUUUUUUUGUGUGUGAAAUGGUCUAUUCCCUGAAAAACUAUGAGAUGGCCAAGCACAGGGUGGGGAUGGGGGACUAGGAGCAGGCAUGGUUAAAGGAAGAGCAGUGUGACUACUACAUUAAGGACAACGAUGGGCCAGCAAUUUCUCUUCUGCCACUGCUUCCAUCACUGUCACAUGUAACAAAUGCCUCCUUUGCUGUAUGUGCCAUGGAAACCCAUCACUACUUGAGGCUACUUGUGGCAGAAUAAGUGUGUGUUUUAUUUGUAACAUGUGACAGUAAACUUGCAGUUUCUCUCAUGGAAGUGGAAUAUUUAUGAAACCUUUAGCAUGUGUGCAGGGUCACUGUGUCUCUCUUCUUCCUCUUCUGCCCCUUGUGCACUGUAUGAUAUAUUUUUGUAGAAUUCUUUUCUUCUUGUGGUGAAAUUCUUAAUACCUGUGGAAUGUUAAGUUUCAAGAAUUUUAAAAUAAAACUGCAAAAUGAUAAAGAAAAUGA